AUGGCGGGGCCGGGCAGCGACGGGGACCUGCGGCGCCUGCUGAAGCUGCACCGCACCGAGAUCGCCAUGGCGGUGGACGACGUCUUCCCGCUGCUGCACGGCCUGGCUGACCACGACGUCGUCCCUGAGCACAUCUUCAAGGAGACGCUGAGCCGGACGGAGCGGGAGGGCUCCCACCGCGCCUUCCACGCGCUGCUCACCUGGCUGCUGGGCCGCGACGCCGCCGCCGUCCGCGACUUCUGGGCCGUCCUCUUCAAGGACUACAAUCUGGAGCGGUACUCCCGGCUCCGGCCUCUCCGCGGCGCCUUCCCCAGAGAGGUGGAGCUGGGGCGGCAGCGCCGUGGAAGGCGUCUCUCCCCGAGCCCCACAGCACCGGCCCCACACAGACCCCAAGGCAAGAGGAAAGCCCCCGAGGAGCGGGACAAGGCCCGGGCGGCACAGCCCGCUGCACGGCACAGCGCCAGUCCUGGGCCCCUGGUGAAGGCAAAGGCUGUGAAGAGGUCGGAGGGCACAGAUACCCCCCGCACCUCUCGUGCCAGCGGCAGCUCCAAGACAGGCAGCAGAGCUGGGGACGAGCCAUAUACCCCAGCUGCCUCUGAGGAGCCAGAGGCCAGGAGCAGAAGCCACAGCCUGAAGGCCCCUCUGCACCCCCAGGGCCAGCUGCCAGCUGCCACUGUGUACAGUCAGGACCCUGUGCCCCACCAGGAGAACGAGGAUGAGUGUGCAGCAUGCGGUGAUGGUGGUGAGCUCAUCUGCUGUGAUGGCUGCCCCAGGGCCUUCCACCUCGCCUGCCUGGUGCCCCCACUGCCCCACGUCCCCAGUGGGACAUGGCGAUGCGGCUCCUGUGUGGAGAGUGUGGCUGAGCCAGGCCGGCUGCUGGAGGCAGACUUGGCUGUGGAGAGACCCCCCGAGAUCCUGGGGGAGGCAGCACGGGACACCCAGCCGGGUGGAGCUAAGGGGAGUGUCUGCAGCCACUGCUGCACCCGGAUCCCCACUCCCCGACACUGUCCUGCUCCCAGUGGGGACCCCAGGGGGCUCCUGCUGUGCACAUCCUGCACAGGCACCCUGGACACAGGCAGCCUGGGCACCACUGCAGCAGCUGGAGACCAACUGCUUCCGGCAGCCAAGGCAGAGGACGGAGCCCUCGGCAGUGAACCUGUGCUGAGUCGGGAUGAGCUCGAUGCGCUGCUGGCACGGGGGUGGGAGGGUGCGGCCAGGGCCGGGGCCGACGAGAAAGACCCCACACGGGCGGAGUUCUCGCAGCUGGGGGAGCAGAGCGGCAGCAGCCGCGGCUCGGUCAUUCGGCCAUGA